AUGCGGACUGACGAGACUGGAUUUUAUCGACAUUUGGUUGGAUCAACAGAUUCCAGAAGAACUGCCUUAGGAACGCUUAUUCAAGAGGCCUACGCUCGUGGAGACAACGCAGAGGCGAAUUCCUUGUUGAAGCUGCUGGAUAAGGACGCGGCACAACCAAAACAACAUAAUCAGUAUGUUAUGGACGAAGACGACACUCGUUCCAACAAGUCAAUCGAUACCUCGGUAGCUUUCGUAAGAGAGGUUGUCCCCAAACAAAUCGCAGCCUUGCAACCGACACAAGCACCAAAAGUCGAUAACCCAGUACCUCAACAAGAACAACCUCAGCCCGAAAACAACACAAAUGGUGAGACUUCAAACCCGGCAACCUGGUUUGAAGGAGCGUCGUCCAAGGAGGAAUCAGAUAAGGCUCAAGCUAUUAUGACAUCUAAAAAAGGAACUCUCGAAAUGAAAAACGGGGACAUAAUUCAUAAUGGAAGAAUUUUGAAGAGUGGAAACGCACAAAUGAAAGAGUCAUUAGCGCCGUUAUCACCUGGUUUAACUAUAAUCUUAAAAAAUUUAUUGUCGUACAUUCAACUUACUGUAUUCGAUGAAGAAUGGUUAGUUAAAGAUCAAAAGGCGUGGUCUUCAAGAACUACAAAAUCAGACAAAAAAGAGUCAGGUGAAGCUCGUAUUUACGGCGGAGAAGCCCCGGUAGAAGAACUCACGAUAGAUUUCGAGGUCUGGGGUGAUUGUAUGGAGUUAUUCUGCUCCCACCUAACUGCAUGCGGUUGGAAGCCCAUGACGGAUCGAUUUGAAGGUCACAUCGCGGUAGUGAAGAAAUUACGGAAGGACUUUGGUUGGAUGGUAGCGUUAAGGUACUUCAGAUUGGUCCGGCAGGGCGUAAUGCGUGAAACCGUGGACAAGUCAAUCGGAAAUUAUGCUGAAUUACAAGAGACCUUGUUAGUCGAAGCCAAGACAACUGCUGAAAGUUACAACGAACGGCAUUACAAAACUAAUCCUUACGCACCCGGGAAACCAAAAGCCAACAUUUGUCCUUUAACCAAUAAGUCAAAGUCACACAUACCUUCAACCAUAGUAAACUCUUCGACAAACACGGAAAAUCGCCAUUCCUUCACAAGCAGCUACAGAGGGAAUGGAAAGAAGGGAAAAGGUGGUGGUUACAAAGGAAGACACGAUGAUGGUCGACGUAGAGACGAUUGGAAACGGGAUGACCGUUAUGCUAGUGAUCGGUACGCUUCUGAUAAGUACGCCAGACACAGAAGCAGAAGCAGGAGCCCUGAUUGA